UGGGCGUGAACAAAAGGGAUCGCUCGCCGCGUGCGCUCUCGCGCCGUGUUUAUCGGCAUCGAGUCCUAACCUUACAAUUUGUCCCUGAUUGCAGCAGAAAUGGAGGCGUUAAACCAGCUUCUGUUGGAGUAUCCUGAAAUAAUGUACAGUGGAGUCGGAGCUACGGCGUCUGUCGCCGUCGGAGCGCUGAUAUACAAAUUUGCCACCCGAAAGAAGCCGACUCACGCAGACGUGAACUGCUGGUUCUGUAAUCAGAAUUCUGUGGUGCCCUUUGGAAACAGGAACUGCUGGGACUGUCCCAGUUGUGAUCAAUACAAUGGCUUCCAGGAGAAUGGCGAUUACAACAAACCCAUCCCAGCUCAGUACAUGGAGCAUCUUAACCACGGAGUAUCUGGUAGCCUUCCCUCCACCACCAACGCACAGCAAGGGGUUACCAGUCAGAUGCUCUUGUGCAGAAAGUGCAUAAAGAACCAGACGGUUGUAAUAAAGCAGUUGGCCUCAUUUGUCCCACGGGAUGAUGAGAACUACGAUGAGGAAAUCGAGGCGUACAAGCACCACCUGGAGCAGACCUAUAAGCUUUGCAGGCCGUGUCAGACAGUGGUAGAAUACUACAUCAAAUAUCAAAACCGGCAACUUCGUACCGUGCUCCUCAACCAUCCGCUUCGACGGAGUGGAGAAUCCGACAAGGGCUUCAUAAAGAGCUCCUAUUCUGUGUCAUCUCCCAUUGGGGUCGUACUCUUACGAACCCUUGCCUUCCUUAUAUGUACUUUCCUAGUUGCUACAUCUUUGUGCGACUUGCCAUACCAGCCCGCAUCGCUGAGUGCCCCACAGACAUUAAGUGGUGGGGUGACUCCUCCAAAGCCUAAACCUCACAACGAGUCCAGCCCCAACAAUGAGAGCGCUGAGGCUGUGCCCGCAUGGCAGGCUCUGCUGGAGCUGCUCCCAGACAAGCUCAUAGAAAAUACAAAGCUGGUUUGGCACCGUGGAAAGGACAACAGGUUGGCCGUGGUGUCCGUUGGCCUGCUGACUUGUCUCACUGCAAUCGUCUUCGCAGGACCUGUGAGGUUGAGGAGAAUUGAUGCUGUCGCUUCUGUCCUGUGGCUCCUCAUCCUGAGCCUCCACAUGGCUGAGGGCUACUUGACUGACGCCUCGGGCUGGAUGGACACGGCCAAGCUCGGUGCCGCCUCCCUCUGCUGCCUGGUCAGCUGCGCCGCUGCCCUGGCAACUCGCAAACCACUGGGCCCGAGAAGAGCGAGAUAUCGAAGAUACCUCGCAGGCAGCGCUGCUGUCCCGCCCCCUCCGCUCUGUCAGGACCCGGCGGACUCCUUCGUCCUGACCCCGCCGCCCAACCUCUUUAAGCUCAUCAACCGCCAACAGGGUCCUUACGAGCGCAAAGCUUCCCCCACCUCUCUGCCCGGGCGCCUCAGCAAGGCACUCUGUCUGGGCACCAUGCCGUCGCUCAGCAGGACAGAUUCCGGUUACCUGUUUAGCGGAAGCAGGCCCGCCUCACAAUACAAAGACUCCCCUUCCUCAGAUUACUUUUCACUGAUGUCCGGGAGCCGCCCGUCCUCCCCUGGCCCCUCUCCCACUCCUUCAGUAGCUGGCUCGGUGACCUCCAGCUCAGGUUCUGCCAGACUUCGGCGCCCCCUCAUCAGCCCGGCUCGCCUCAACAUCAGCGGUCGGAAGCUGCGGCUGUUCGCGACGGAGCCGGAACCCUCUCUCGCGUCCCCGUCGGUGUCGUCGUCACAUUUCCACGUGAAGUCGGCCUCCUCCGUUUGCAGUGGGCACUUUUCACCCGACGCAUCACCCUUCCAAAGCCACAAUGAUUUGAGUUCCUUUUUGAGGGACGGCAGUAUGAUCGAAGAGGAAGAGCGGCGAGGCAGCUCCUCGGAGUCCUCCGCGUGCCUCGUUGGGACUACUACACAGGGACCCGAGAACAGCCCUCCUCCCAAAGGUUUAAUAAAACGGUUUGUCUGGCCGGGCCUCUUGCUGGUCAGCCUGACGUCCAACCUGUUUGUCGCCUGCCUCUACAUGUACCACAACUGGAGAUGAAGCGUGGAUGGCUCUGCUGCUUUUCUCAACUGCGCAGAGUGAGUUGGCGUCUGACCUUUGACAUCCAGGGUGCGUGUGUCGACCUGGAGGCCAUUAAGCCAUGUCAGGAACCAUCAGAUUUCUGCACGCCACUUGCGGUUUGCUGGUGCUAAGGGAAUUACAGACGUCUGGCUGACGGAUUUUUAAAAGCGAACCUCCCAUCUGCUUGGAGGAAUGUGAAAAAACGUGUGGGGAAAUCAAAUGUAGCUUUAUUGUGAUUCGAGACUUCUUCUUUUUUUUUUUUUUUUAGGGGUUGGGGUGGGUCGUAGGGUUCUGGCCUGGAUCUGGGUUUGUCUUUUGGUUUGUCACUGCUCCUCUUGCACGAAGGCAGGCACAUGUUUAAUUGAAUUACGUGGCUCAAUUGCAGCUGCGCUGAGGCUCUAAAAUGUGCAAUAAACAUCCUGUUCAGAUGAUGCUGCUUGGACGCAGAGGUUCACGUCUUGUCGACUGAUGCUGAUCGUGAUGAGUGCUUCACUUCUCCAGACUGAAUGACAUUUCUGGUCCUCCAAAUGAACCAGAACUCAUUCAUUAAACAGCAUGUUGUGUGGUGGUGCGCACAGUGUUUUGUAUUUUGGAAAAUCUUUACAAAUCUUUCCUUUUAACAUCAUGAUUUCACAGCAUUUCACUAUUGUUCUGUUCACUACAGUUUACAGUAAACCUUUAUUCAAUGAUUUUAUGGUGUUUUGUAUCUCAUACCAAGGGGACUGUCACAAUCAUUCACUACAGAAAUGGUUCUCUUUCAUCAACCCUUUCUUCUGCUUUUCCAGGUUGUUAGGGGCAACACUCCGAAAGUCAAAGUGCAAUAUAUAUAUUUUUUAAAUCCCGCUCACACUUGCAUAGAAAUGGCACAGGGGUUGAAGAUACAUUUUUAUUCCAAACUGAGCUGUGAACUGAUAUAUAGAAACAUUUUCUGAUAAAUAGUUGGCAAAAAUCUUUAAACUUUGCAGUCAAACGCACAUUCAAUUUUAAUGGGUUUGCACUAGUUUCUUUCUGAAAAGUAUUUCCACUUUUUGGGGUUUGUCUUGUAUUUUGAAAUGUGAUUUGAAAUUGUUGUUUUUAAGUUGAAGAGCACAGUGUGUGUGUGUGUGUGUGUGUGUGUGUGUGUGUGUGUGUGUGUGUGUGUGUGUGUGUGUGUGUGUGUGUGUGUGUGUGUGUGUGUGUGUGUGUGUGUGUGUGUGUGUGUGUGUGUGUGUGUGCGCUUGCGUGUGUGUGUGUGUGUGCGCGCUUGCGUGUGCAUGACAAGAGUUACAAAAAGUUGUACAUUUUAGACAAAAGAAUUAGAAAUCCCUUAGUUCGCCUGUGUUGCUUUUGGUGCGAGAAUGUCAGGCUUUCGGGUCUUUUAUUUUGACAUGUUCAGUGUUGUACUGUUGAAUGGAAACACACUUGAUUUUAGACUGGCCAAUUUGAAUUUUUGUUAAUUGAAUGUGUCUAUUUAAACUUAGCCAAAGUAAAAAUGUAACCAUGUUGAAAUGAUUUUUUGGUGUUUUUCUAACAUUGUCACAUACAGAAUCCCAACAUCUGCAUCCACCCCCUGGGAGUCAUGCCAAUACACUGAAAAAUACUAAUAUUAACACUAAAUGAAAAAUAUACUUUUAAGGAAUUGAAUAUUAAAUGAAGAAUAUAGCCAUGUGGUAAAAUUAAAUGUAUUUAUGUAAUAAAACAAGCUAUAAUUAACCAAGCCCUUAGUGCUAAAGCUGGACUUUCCCAACUUCAAAUGAACCAGCAGCUGUGUGCAGGGGGAGACAGCUAGAAGAUAUGGAAAGACUUACUUAAACAGAGGCUGCUGCUGCUUCUUGUAGCUUUAAGUCAUUCAGACCCCUGUGAACGGUGCCGGAAACCGACUCGGCCUUAGCAGGAACGCUGGAGAGCGUUUCAAAGUCCUUGGACCCUAAAUUAAUGAAUAAAGGUUGCCGAGUUGUUGUUUCAACAUUGACCGGUUGGGAAAGCCCCCCUGCAGGGCCGAUCCAUGCAGCGACAUCCUUACAAUUCGAUCAAACUGUCUGACAUGUAUGAAUGUUUUGUGGAUUGUUACUAGGCAAUUUCAUCCUCCCGUUCUCAUACGAAAUGAUCAAUUUCAGUUUUAGCGUUUUGUUCCGUAGGGCCUCACAGGGGUCUGAGAAGUGUAGUGAUGUCUAUUAGAGUAACUUAUGUUGAAUGUAUGGCAGUUUUCCAUCAUGUAUAUUUUUGGAUUGGUUUUCUGUGUGAAAUUGUGUGUUUUCAUGUUGUAGAUCUUUGGUGCUGUGAUGUGAUAAUUAUGCAAUGUCUUUUAGUUGGAUGCCAUGAUUGAAGAAAAGGUCUCUUGUCUUGUAAGUAACUGGAUGAAGGUCUACGUACCUACGCCAGGUCGCUAAAUAUAUCUGAAUAUAAGUGUUUUUCUUUCUAACAAAGUCUAAAAUUGUUAACAGUUUUAAUUAUUUGAUUUUGGAACGCCAAAUGACCUGACUGGGAGAGAGACAAGUCCGUCACAUUGCUCAGGCUAUUUCUGAACAAUAGUCAUUUAAAAUAAUUUAUUCGUGAAAUUGGGCAGCGAGAAGGACCCCGUGUCUGCGUGUGUUCCCUCCGGCACUCUGGCUUCCUCCCACAGACCAGACGUGCUCUGGUGAUUGGGUUGAUCCACUCGGUGUGUGCAUGUGAGUGUGAGUGGUCGUUAGCGCGUCAGUCUUGCGAUUGGUUGGCGACCGUCUCUCACCCGAUGUUAGCUGGGAUUGACUCCAGCCCCCUCCCCCCCCCCCCCCUAUACAUGUACUAGAAAAUAAACCAUUGACACCUUCCUGUUAAUCUGACAUAAGUCGUUACGAAUGUCCUUUUCACAAAUUGAUCAAUUGACCAAAAUCAUUCCAACUGUGCAACAAGCUAUUUAAAGGUGUGCAAGGGGUUAUACUCUGAACUAAUAAUUUACAAAUGGAUGUCUCCUCAUGUCAUUAAAGGUCAGCUGUGAUAAAUAUCUAAUUC